AUGUAUAGUCGUGUCUCACGCAAUCAGGCGUAUGCCUAUGUUGUCAGGGACGGUGACGUGGCAGGUGCACCUAUUGUCUCGGACGAAAACGCUGCUCGUGAAUUGAAAGAGCUUGAACUUUUGUAUGAUGUGAUGUCACAAACACAUCCUCCAAAAGAUGCCAUUAAAAUACGACGGGUUAUUCGAACUCGUUGGACAGGUCUUCUUGAAAAGCUCUAUCGCCGGUUACUGGGACCUGUUGAGGGGCUUCUGCCUCCGCCUGCGUUAAAAUCACAUGUACCUCCCUCUGAAGUGGGCCAAAUAUGCUUCAUUGAUACAUGGGCUCCGAGUCAAAUUCCCAUCCCUUUUCCUGCACUUUGGAACUCCACAGACGGGGCUUCAUGCUUGCUUCAAUGGGCCGUAUUCAAAGCAAAUCGCCCGUGGGACUUAAUUUGUUCGGCAGAGGUUCCUUGGUCUAGUCCCCUAGCGAGAUCCCCUGUUAUUACGCGUGUUAUUACUCCAAUCACUGUUCGGCCUACCAUGAGCGUAUCAGAGUCAUCCUUUCGUCCCGGGACAAAUAUGGUGACCUAUGUGAACACCAGCGGCUUUGGAUGCGCCUCAAUGAAGGACACGACCCACGCGCGACACUCGAAAGGAAGCAAUAACGUGGAAGAUGGAGGAUUGUGGCAUAAUGUUCCAUGGGAGCAUUGGCUGGGGAGGGUAUUGGGUACUGUUCGCGCUGGGAUUCCGACGUAUGCAUUCAUCAAGGGCAAGGUUCCUGCACGGAGUGGAUCAACUGCCUUGUUUAUUCAUGAAGUAAUACCCGCAGAGCGGAGCGAAAUCUCAUGCGCAAGGUCAUUGUCGUCGUCGUCGUUGUCGUCGUCGUCGCCGUCACCGUCGUCAAAUGGGACGGGAAAGAUGCUUUCAGUCCGUCGAGGGAUCCCUUAUAAUCAAAGUUCGGAUUUGUUUGUGUCUCAUGUUGUGGGCCGUGAUACUGGAGUAGGUAUUCACCGUGCGGCCGUUUUACCGGUAGUUAAAGUGGCUGGGCAGGAGCCAGCAAGAACGUAUGCGUCCUUUUUAAGGGCACUUGUCGCAACAAAUGAUAUGACGGCAGCUAAGGCAUACCGCUUGGCGGUACUGCUUUCAUGGCAAACUGACUGCAGGGAGGAGCCCUGGCGUGCAGCUGCGGUCAUGUUGUUUAACUAUGGUGGUACGAUGAAUACGCUUGGCUUUCUGCACGAGGAAUACUGUAAGAAACGCUACUUAAAAAUACCCCCUGCUUUUGCAAGUAAAGAGGCGACUUCCAACAAUGACACGGAGAACCAGCAGAAUGGCUCACAACCAUCGAAGGAGCGCCCCUGCAUUGUGAAUACGGUGGAAGGUCGUUAUGUACAAAACCAUGGUAUUGACGUCAUCUAUGAUGUCGUGCUACACGGGUUAUCUACCUCCAGACCGCAAGGGGAGGUUGCGAUCCUUGAUAAUAUGAUUCAAUGUAUUGAACGAAACAGGUCAACGCUGGAAGAGUGCGUUGAAAGACACAGAGAGGGUAAAGGUGUCGCACAGACACUUGACUCGCCUCCUGUGGAAUCGGUUUCUGCACCAUCCUCUACUUCGGGCGAGGGGGGGUCCUUUGUUUCGGCGAUGAGGAGCAUGGUCACGGCACCUGGGGCUGGCGGGGCAAACACAGGCCCCAGUGCUUUGCCUGCCCGUGAAAUACGACCACCGAAAGGCAAUCAGCCGCCAAAUGGCCGAAAGCCGCCGCCUGGCAGCUAA